AUGAUAUUGGAGGACAAGUCGGAAAACAUUUUCUCAGACAGAACUGAGAUUACUGUGAAACUUAUUAAAUUAUCUCGAAACAUAAAGAUCAAUGAAGAUGGAGAAGCCAAAUGCACUUGUCUAAAUACUGAACAGUGCGUACCUAAUAGGAAUCCUUUAGAAGUAAAUGCCUCCGUAUGCAUGUGCUUUGAAGAUGUCACUAAAGGAAUUAUCUGGCCCUGUUAUCCUACCAGUGUGUGGGCUGUUAAGAAAUGUUCCCGUUGCUCAGCUAUCUCUAAUACUUGCUCUGAUCCUGAUCACCACAAUGGCACUGUCCAACAGGGAUCCACGCAGCCUUGUCUAUGUCAAAGUAUCUCACAUCAUUGUAUGGUACAUCCAAAGGACGAAAUCAAAUGGUGGAAUCACAAUUACACUAUUUUUCCAGUAACAGACCCACCAACAACUGUUGUUACUGAAACUGAACAAGCUUUUGGAUUGUCGAUAAGAAAAAGCUCUUACAAUAAAUGGAUUCUGGAUAUCAAAAUGCUCCUUAGCUGGGUAUUCCAGGACCCUCCUCAAAACCCAGCCAUUUGCAGAGAUUUGAAACUACACGUUGAUCUCGAAUACGGUAAUUGCUACACUUUCAAUUUCAAUGGUUCCGUAGAACUGAAAAAUAAUAGGGCUGGUCCUAUGUAUGGUUUGCGUCUACUGUUAGACGUUCAUGAAGACGAUUCCAUGCCGACUACUGAAGCAGCCGGUGUUCGCAUUGUAGUGCACGAACAGGAUCAAGAACCAUUCCCAGACACAUUCGGAUAUAGUGCUCCUACUGGAUUCGUUUCUUCAUUUGGUUUAAAAUUGGCAAAACAUUUUGCGUUGUGUAGGGCAACUGUGUCAUUAGGCUUUUUACGGGAAUUUUUACAAUCAAGGCAACCUCAAGAGUAUUCCCCUUUGAACCAGGCCAUCCCUGGUGCCAAGCCGGGUCAAAAUAGUUGGUUACCUAAAGCUAUAAGUGCACCGACUCCUAAAGUCCUACAUCGAAUGGAUGCACCAUAUGGUCAAUGCAGUGAUACUUUUCGGCCAGAACGAUAUAUCUAUGACGAGCAUUAUUCCCGAGGUAUGGCUGAUUUGUUACGCCCUUUAAUGUUUGGCUGCCAUCGAAAUUGUUUUCAACUGAAAGUGCUUGACGAAUGCGGAUGUGGAGAUCCCCGUUUUCCUCUGCCAUCUGACGAGAAACGCUGCUGUAGCGCGAAAAGUGUCACCGAUAGCAAUGCCUUUCCAAUCUUACUAGUUUGUCUGGCGGUUAUGAUCACCUCCAACUGGAGUGUGACUGCCGCCAGCCAUGCACUGAGAAUGUAUUUGAGACGGCGUAUUCAGCAGCUGCAUGGCCGUCGAGUUGAUUGUCCUGCUGUUCCGGACAUCUUCAACGAUACAGAAGCAUGCACCGAAUACCUUCGUGUGAACACCGCCUACAUUGAAAUCUACUGCGAGCAGUUGAACUUUGAAACGUUGCGAGAAACUGCUGACUAUACUUUCAUAUCAGAAACCAUUUCUCGGCAUAUUCGUUGUAUUAUAAAGACACGCAAACUACCUAUCGACAUGCUAACGUUUGAUGAUCCCGUGAAAUUCAAAGUUCGACCCAUCAAGUAUCUUUGAGG